AACCAAGUAAAAAAGCCGGUGGUUCAGAGGAAGAAGGUGGUGGUGAAGUUUAUCAUUAUAUCGCUUAUGUUCCGAUUGAUGGUGAAGUUUGGCAAUUGGAUGGUUUAUAUCCGCAUCCCGUUAGCUUGGGCAAAUAUUCUAAUGAAAAACAAUGGUAUGAUGCUGCUCGUGGUGUUAUCCAUGAGCGUAUUGAUAGUUUUCAUGCAGAACAAGUAGAAUACGUUCUUCUAGCUAUAACUAAAGAUCAAAUAGGUAUUCACCAAGAUAGGGUUAAAGAUUGUAUGUACAUUAAAAAACUUGCCGAGAAUAGGCUUGAUGAGCUUAAUAGUAUUUGGAGAGAAAUCAAUACCGAAGAUGUAAACGAAGAAAAAGUUAAAAAACGGGGGAAUUAUGUGAUUGAAUUUUCAACUUUGACGGCGUAUCAUGAUGAUAUCGAAAUGGUUGAACAAUUAAGAGCCAAGAUGAUUGAUGAAAUUAAAUUUUUAAUCGAAGCUAUUGAUAGAGAAAAUAAGUUGAAAAUGGUUGAGAGAGAAAGACGAACAUUUGAUUAUGGCCCAUUUAUACGUGAAUUUAUUUCAAUUCUUCAUGAGCGAGGAGAAUUGAAAAGUUUAAUUUCGGCGGCAGAAGAUAUGAUAGAAGAUGAAUAA